AGCGAUACUAUUGACAAUGUCAAAGCUAAGAUUCAAGACAAGGAAGGUAUUCCACCGGACCAGCAGAGGUUGAUUUUCGCUGGAAAGCAGCUUGAAGAUGGACGUACUCUUGCUGAUUAUAACAUCCAGAAAGAGUCAACUUUGCAUUUGGUUUUGAGGCUUCGUGGAGGGAUUAUUGAGCCUUCUCUGAUGGCUUUGGCAAGGAAGUACAACCAGGAUAAGAUGAUUUGCCGCAAGUGUUAUGCUCGCUUGCAUCCUCGUGCUGUCAACUGCAGGAAGAAGAAAUGCGGGCACAGCAACCAGCUGAGGCCAAAGAAGAAGAUCAAGUAGGCGUGUUGUCUUGUUUAACUAGAUCAAACCGUGUGCUGUGUGCAGUUGUACUAGCAGUCCGUGGUCUUAAAGUUUUUUGUCCUGUUUCAACCUACUUGUAAUGGAUAGACUAGCAUGUCUUAAACAUCACAUUUCUUGGAUAAGAUAUUCCUGUGCACUCAAUGUAUCGUUUUGAUGAAGUUUAAUAUAUGCUCUUCCUGAAAAA